AUGGCACUGCCCAGAGUUCCCGCCGGCCUGCUGCGCAACCACAUCCGCCCAGCGGCAUCGCGGGCCAUCUCGCCACGGGUCACGGCAGCACAGCUCCGACACAAAAUCACCACCAACGACGGCCCCGGCGGACAGCAGCCGCCGCCGCCCAACCCAGGCGGGCCCGAGGCCGUCAAGAGAAACUGGGUGCCCGUCGGGGGCGCGGCUCUCGUAGCAGUCGCCGCCUACGCAUACCUCAGCUCGUCCGGGGCGUCGGUGGACAAGGCCCGGCAGACAGACGCCAGGAACCCGAGCCAGGCGGAGCUGGAGGACCUGACGGCCGUCAGCAAAGACGCCGAGCAGCUCGGCGCCAAGGUCGGCCAGCAGGUUGCCGAGCAGGCCUCCAAGACGAUGAAGGAGAUGAGCGGGCGGCAAAAGACGGACCAGGGCAGUUUCCGACACGACUAA